GAACACUUUUACCAGUGUUCCAUCAAGCUAGGAUCAUCCUCGUUAGGAAUGGAUCAUCCCGUUCUGGGCUGUGUCCCUCAUGAUGCAGAUGGAAAGGUGCAUAGACCUCAUUUUAAAUUAGACAAUUGCAGCAUGUGCUGAGUUGGAAGGGACUCCCAGUCAUUGAUCCAACUCCUGACCCUGCAGAGACAUCCCCACAAUCCCACCCUGUGCCCGAGAGCAUUGUCCAAAGGCUCCUGGAGCUCUGGCAGCCUUGGGGCCAUGACCAUUUCCUGGGGAGUCUCUGCAGUGCCCAACCACCCUCUGGGGGAAGAACAAAUGCUUUACAGUGCAGAAAGAUCAACCCAGCCAUUCAAACUUCUCUUUUUAUCAUUCUCUAUAAUUGCCAUAUAGUGUCAGCACCUCAGAAAGUAAUAACCAAGAACUGGAAGUAAAAUAUAAAUAUUUGAAAAGAGCAUUUCAGGCAUCAGUGAUGCUUGAAGUUCUUUAGUUUGCAGCCUUUUGUAUCAGUGCAGACACAGGCAUCCACAGYUACGCACUCGUAAUCCCAAGUAAGAGGCUGGAUUUGCAGGAUGCUUUUCGUUGCCAUUGUUUUCAGCAGGUUUGGAGGCYGUUCAGCAUCUGUUCAGGAGGUUAUUAGGGAACUGUGAGCUCUAAGAUGCUCUUCCCAGCGGGUGGCUCAGCGGGCUCAAUUGCUGUGAGCUCCUGUGGCUGACAGGGGAAAUGUCACACCGAACAAUUGCCGGAGAGACAGGGAUGCAGAAUUCAACCUUUUGUUUUCAUUGUGAACAAUUCACACUAUUUUUGCACUAAAAUAAUGCCAUGUAAUGACCAUGAACUCCCAAGGAGAAUGAAGUGUGUCUUUUGUAACCAGCAUGGAAUUGUUGGAAUGGGUUGUAAGGAGCCUUAAAGCUAAUCUAGUCAUGUUCAGCUGCAGGGCCCGUGACAUGAGAAGGACAUGGAGCUGCUGGAGUGAGUCCAGAGGAGGCUCUCUGAGGGCUGGAGCCCCUCUGCUCUGGAGCCAGGCUGGGAGAGCUGGGGGUGUUUAGCCUGGAGAAGGAUGCAGGGAGACCUUUGAGACCCCUCCCACAAGGAAUUACACAGAUCAAUSCAUAUUCCUCAGUGGCAUCCCCUUGGUUCUCUGUUGUCACCAGUUAUUUUGGACUUACCAUUGGAACUCAGAUUAGCAAGGCUUUGUUUUUUGGUUGCUGCYUGUUGUGUUUUGGUAUCUGCAGAGCUGUAAGUAUACAGAAUGCUCACAGAAAGGCAGAACUUGCCGUUUCCUGACUUUGUUUGAUUCCAGCACCUGGAGCAGUGCUGCGAGUGGGUUUGUGUGGCUGUGGAGGGAUGAGUGCUGCUCUGGCAGUGCUGCGAGUGGGUUUGUGUGGCUGUGCAGGGAUGAGUGCUGCCCUGGCAGUGCUGCGAGUGGGUUUGUGUGGCUGUGCAGGGAUGAGUGCUGCUCUGGCACUGCACAGGUUCUCAGUGCUGUUAUCUCUCGGCAGUGCUGCGAGUGGGUUUGUGUGGCUGUGGAGGGAUGAGUGCUGCCCUGGCAGUGCUGCGAGUGGGUUUGUGUGGCUGUGGAGGGAUUACUGCACAGGUUCUCAGUGCCGUUGUCUCCCCGCAGUGCUGAGGAGCUGCAGCCAGCUGCGGGUGCCGCUGCGAUGGAGAGGCCAGGCCACGGCCGCCGCAGUGACGGAGAGCACCAAGCCCCAGAUGCAGCCCCAGGAGCGGAAACCUAAAACAGGAAUCYUGAUGUUGAACAUGGGAGGCCCAGAGCGGCUGGAUGAUGUCCAUGAUUUCUUACUGCGGCUCUUCCUGGACAGAGAUCUGAUGACACUUCCAGUUCAAAAUAAAUUAGCACCGCUCAUUGCCAAGCGCCGCACCCCGAAAAUCCAGGAGCAGUACAGCAGGAUCGGCGGYGGCUCCCCCAUCAAGAAGUGGACAGCGGUGCAGGGAGAGGGCAUGGUGAAGCUGCUGGACAGCAUGUCUCCUCGCACUGCUCCUCACAAGUACUACAUCGGUUUCCGGUACGUGCAUCCCCUGACGGAGGAGGCGAUCCAGGAGAUGGAGAGCGAUGGAAUCGAGAGRGCCAUUGCCUUCACCCAGUACCCCCAGUACAGCUGCUCCACCACAGGAAGCAGUUUAAAUGCCAUUUAUCGCUACUAUAAUGAGAAAGGGGAGAAGCCAAAGAUGAAGUGGAGCAUAAUUGACCGAUGGCCCACACAUCCCCUUCUCAUUCAGUGCUUUGCUGAUCACAUCCAGAAGGAACUGAAGCUCUUCCCAGCAGACAAAAGGAAAGAUGUGGUCAUCCUGUUCUCAGCCCACUCACUGCCCAUGUCUGUUGUGAACCGUGGUGAUCCGUAUCCUCAGGAGGUGGGAGCGACUGUCCAGAGAGUCAUGGAGAAGCUCAACUACUCCAACCCUUACAGGCUGGUGUGGCAGUCCAAGGUUGGACCAAUGCCUUGGCUUGGUCCCCAGACAGAUGAGACCAUUAAAGGGCUGUGCCAGCGAGGAAAGAAGAACAUGUUGUUGGUCCCAAUAGCAUUUACAAGUGACCACAUUGAAACRCUCUAUGAACUGGAUAUAGAGUAUGCCCAGGUUUUAGCCAACGAGUGUGGAGUUGAAAACAUCAGAAGAGCAGAGUCCCUCAAUGGAAAUCCACUGUUCUCCAAGGCCCUGGCAGACCUGGUGUGCUCCCAYCUGCAGUCCAACGAGGUGUGCUCCCGCCAGCUGACCCUGUGCUGCCCUCUCUGUGUCAACCCCGUGUGCAGGGAGACCAAGGCGUUCUUCACCAGCCAGCCACUGUGASCGGGGAGCUGCUGUGACACCGAGGGGACACUGCCCAGGGAGGACAGGCCUGGAGCAGCCCCUCCUGGCUGCUCACACACCCACGGGCUGCUCAGCUCGCUGCUUUAUCUCCAUGGCAGCGCCAAGAACGUGGCUCUGCUGACGUUUUUCUUGUGUUUUCUUUCUUUGAGGAGAGGUGUAGAAAGUAGGGAAAUAAGGGCAUUUAUUAUGGGAGGAGAUCUCGUGUCAUCCGACUCCAGACGGACUUGGCGUGAGCCCGGCAGUGUGCACUGAAGAACAUACACGACUUUUUUUCAAUUAGCUUCUAUUUCUAUGCAGGGAUUUAUUUGUAUGCAGGGUGGUCACGAGUGCAUUAACUUGCCAGGUCAAAUGUACAGGUAUUUUGGUUUUGCUUAAGUUGCAAUCUGUCUGUUCUGAGAGGGACUUUGCAGCUGGCUUUGGAGACCUUGCAAAUCAAGUGACUUCUAAAGCUUUUUGUUAAUGUGUAUAUAUCCUUUUUUUUUAAUUAGAACAGAAAGAUAAGGCUUUGUUCUGUUCUGGUUUUCUCCUGCCAGAAACUUCCAGUGAAAGCUCAGCUGGGAUAGUAGAACGCACAAAACUUGUUUACAUUUCCUAGAAAAACAUUUUUGUGAUCUACAGRAAAGUAUUUGAAGAGCAUAAAUUGAAAGGAAUUAGCCUGCUUGGGUGACACUGGAGAACUUGUUCAUUGAAACUGCAUAUUUCWAAUCUAGCAGGAGCAUGUGUGGAAACAUGUUGGCUUAUCUGUUAAGCAGAAUGGGCUUUUAAAAUUCUUGUUUUUAUUAGAAAGGGCUUUCUSUGUUUGGUGAAGUAAAUUUAGGAAGUCAGGCUUGUUUAUAGAUCCACUCUGUGCUUUCUACUGUGCCACAGUGCUGUGGUUUUGUGGGAUACCUAUGGAGCACCAUAGGUAGGACUGAUCUGGUUUAAUUGCUGUUAUUUAAACAGAGGUGAUCAGUCAGGAGUAAUUUCCAGUUUAACAUUGCAGCUGCCUGAGAACAGGCUGCCCUAGGCUGGGGCUCUCCUGAAAGCUGCCAGCACCCAGCAGGGCUGAGCUGGCCAGGGCCUCCAGCACUGUGUCCCCUGUCACACAGGGCAGGGCAAAGCUGUGACCGUGUCCCGUGGUGUCCCGUGGCACUCUGGGGGCCAGCUGGCACCUCUCGGGGCACACGUUUACUUGAUGUCCUUAGCACUGAAAUGCCAGGAGCUGGGCACUGCAGGCUGGCUCCUGGCAAUUGCUGGUGCUCGGGAAGCAGAUGCCAUGCUGAUCUGCUCAGGUAACCAUGAGGCAGGAGCACUUUGGAGCUCUGGUCUUUUGAAAACAGUGUAUUUAAAGAGAGAAGAGGCCACUGGUGGUGUUUAGUUGGAAGAAUGAAAGGUGAGAUACUGAAGGAACAGAUGGAGCCAAGYGCUUCCAUGGAGUGGUGUAAAUCCCUAAUACCUCUGGAGAGUUGCUGCACUGCCAUAGCUGCUUCCAGGGUGAGACAGACUGAGAUUCCUUCAGUGCCAGAACCUCCUGUCCCUUACAGAAAGAAGUCUUCCUUGACCCUUCCUUCAUUCCUGUGCCUGUUUCAGUGGCAGGGAGCCAGAGUUUCUCUUCUCCCUCUCUUGCUCCACCCUUGGUCUGUGCUCUGCCUCGGCAGGAUAAAGGAGCACUGGGAACACUGGCCUUACAGCUCUGCUUGGACAAAGGACUUUCUUCUCUUCUCUUCUCUGUGUGACACUUAGGGGUCAGUAGAAAACAACCUGGUCUGUCACAUCUUCCUACUCACUGCUGUUUUCUGACACAGACCUUGAGGUAGCCCAGGCUGUGACCACCACAUUUACAAAGUGUGGAAAGCGAAGGUUAACUUCAUAUGAACCUUGUGGUACUAUAAAUACAGAUGGCUUUUCAUUUCCAUACUGGAGAGAGUCCUGAAAACACUUGCUGGCACUGAUUCUGAGGCAUUACAUUUGUCCCCAGUAAUAAAAGCUACUUAAAAUUCACUUUUGAGCGUUCUAACCACAAGUGGGAUAAUUACUCUGYUGCUGCUAUUAGACCAUGGUGUAGAAAUCACUUAAUUUUCCAGCUUUUAGCAGAUGGGGCUGUUUGCUGUUAAAGGGUGGUUUUCACAGAGGUAUCAAGGAGUUCCUCAUCUCUCAAGUUUCUUUCUAAUCUGUCACUCGGUCCUGGCUGCAUUUCAGAGAAGGUGGAAGCUUCCCCAAGGUGCUGUGACACCCAAAGGUGUGGGGCCAGGGUUUCCCUGGGAAUCCCUAAAAGCUCAGUAAUUUCUCCCUUUCCACCACCCCAGAGAGCUGGGAAUCACCAUAAAGUGUAAGCUGCAAGAGAAAGCAGCUCCUUUGAUUUUGUUCAUGCCAGAUGUGUACAGAUACUUGCUUUUAGCCCAACAUAUGCAUUUCAGAUUGACCAAGGACUUCCAUUCGAUGUAACACAACCAAUUUGUGUAAUCCUACUGUGUGUGGUUUGCCAUAAGGAUGGAAUUGCAAUUAAAGUUUUUUUGAAGAAACA